AUGGCGUCCGUGCGAACCUUUACAAUCCCGCACUACGAGGCCUUCCCUGUCCACGUGGCCUUAUUCAAGGAUGUCAAAAACGCCUCCUUCCUAAGGCGUCAACUACUCGAGGCCAAUCCAGAAUUCGACUAUGCCUUCUUGGAUGCAUCCAUGGUAGGUCGUGGCUGGAUAACUCUAAGCACUAACUUAUCACCCCAGAUACUCUCACCACACCACCUUCUCUCGGCCACAUUUCUCGCCUUACACGCUCACCUGACCAACCGUGCCAAAACGCGCACCCCACAUUCCGAACUAGUAUUCCGCCUCUCGCCCAACAAUAAUAUUGGCGAAUCAUACAAGAAAUUCGGUAUCACUGAUGCCACGACUGCACUCAUUGCCGUCAAGCUACCCCUGUCUCCAUCAACAUCGUCAACGAAUGAGCAGGGUGCUUAUGAAAAAGACGAGGGCAUCACAAAUGAAUCUGUGAGUAAGCAUCUGAGCAGUGCGGUAGAGGGGACAAGUGUGGGAAUGGGAGAGAAUGGAGAGGAACUGAGUGAGUGGUGCGAUGUCGACAAGGUGAGGAAGGUGUAUAAGUUGGGCGGAGGAGAUAGCGGGAAGAAAGGGAAAAAGGGUAGUGGCCUUAACGGGGAUGUGGAUGCUGAGAGGAGGUCAGCAGAGAAGAAAGAUAUCGAAAGUGUAGUCCUGGGCGUUAUCGCUCUGAAAGGGUCAUGA